UCUCAGCAGCAACGUCAUGACCGACAAGGACGGCGCCGAGAAUAAGCAGAGCGCCGCCGGCCACGGAGGACCGCAGCAGCCGCCCCCCGCCUGCAAGAUGCCCCCCACGGCGCAGCGCCGCACCGGCUUCGGCAUCCAGGAGCUUCUGGGGCUCGGCAAGGAGCCUCCGCAGCCUCCGCCGCCGCCGCCGCCGCCGCCGGCCGUCGCCGCAGCGAGGCGGCCGCUGGAGGCCCUGCCCCGCCACCGGGGCCACGGCGUCGGCCUGCUGGGCCUCGACGGCGUGCGCUCGUUGUACAGCCAGCCGGCCUUCCUGGAGGUGCUCUCGGAGGCGCGGAAGGCGCACCUGCAGCCGCUGCACGUCAGGCCCGAGAUGCUCCGCUCGGCCAGCUCGGAUUCCGACGACGCGAGUCUUCCCUCCGGUGAGAAGCAGUACUCCAAAUCCUCCUUGAGCCAAAGCGGAAAAAGAAAGAAAAGACGCCACAGGACAAUUUUCACGUCCCAUCAGCUGGAGGAGUUGGAGAGAGCCUUCGACGAGGCACACUACCCGGACGUGUACGCCAGGGAGAUGCUGUCCGUGAAGACGCGGCUGCCGGAGGAUCGGAUCCAGGUGUGGUUCCAGAAUCGCCGGGCCAAGUGGCGGAAGCGGGAGAAGCGCUGGGGCCGCAGCAGCGUGAUGGCCGAGUACGGCCUGUACGGCGCCAUGGUGCGACAUUCCAUCCCGCUACCCGAGUCCAUCCUCAAAUCGGCCAAGGAGGGCGUGACGGAGUCGUACGCUCCGUGGUUACUCGGUAUGCACAAGAAGUCCGUGGAUUCGCCUCCGGACGAAAGAAGCGGCAGCACCGAGAAGCCGCCGAAACACGAGAAGGCGGACGCGGGGGCGCUCGAGGAAAAGGGGCGGGCGGACGGCGACAAAGACGAACUGCGGGCGCACAGUAUCGCCGUGCUGCGAGCCAAGGCGCAGGAGCACGGCGCCGAGAUGCUCGGCGCGCGCGCACGCGAGGACGAGGCCGAGCGCGGGACGGACGGCUGA